AUGCAGGAAACCACUGAGCUAAAGAGAAAAAGCACUGAGCUGGAGCAGGUCUCACACACUGAAGACGACCUAAACCUCCUCCAGAGCUUCACAUCCCAGUGCAGCCCUCCACUCACCAAGGACAGUGAUCUGUAUGUGGGGAUUGUGAGGAGAGCCGUGUCUCAGCUAGAAGAGACAGUCAUGAGUGAGAUGAAGAGGUUGUUUGAUGAUGAGCUGAAGAGGAUUCAGCAGUAUGCAGUGGAUGUGUCUCUGGACCCUGAUACAGCAAGCCCCUGGCUCAUUCUGUCUAAGAAUGGGAAACAAGUGAGAACUGGAGAAAAAAAACAGAAGCUCCCUGAUAACCCAAAGAGGUUUGAUUCUGCCGUUAAUGUCUUGGGAAAGAAAGGCUUCUCCUCAGGGAGAUUCUACUAUGAGGUAACUGUUACAGGGAAGACUGAGUGGAAUUUAGGAGUGGCCAGAGAGUCUAUCAACAGAAAGGGGACUGUCGCAUUAAGCCCUGAUAAUGGACGCUGGGCAGUGAUUCUAAGGGAUGGGAAUAAGUACAUAGCUUGUGCCCCGACCCGUGUCCACCUCUGCAUGAAAGAGAAGCCCCAGAAGGUGGGGGUGUUUGUGGAUUAUGAGGAGGGUCAGGUCUCUUUUUAUGAUGUGGAGGCCAGGUCUCAUAUCUACUCUUUCACUGGCUACACCUUCACUGAGAAACUAUAUCCAUACUUCAGCCCUUUGCUCAAUGAUGGUGGUAAAAACUCUACUCCUCUAAUCAUCUCCCCUGUCAAUCACACAGACUGAGUUUGAACCUGAAAUGAACUGACCUGUAAAAUUAGUACCUCAAUUAGAGUUCACUCUUUCAUAAAACACCAGGGAGAAUAUUUCACUGUAGUUUAUUAACUGAUGUUUGUUAUUAUUAUUUGACUUCUAAAAGAACAAUCCUUUAUCUGAUCUUAACGGAGCACUGGGCCGGCCACUCUUCAAUAUCACCUGGGCCAACACCUUCCCACUAAUGAGAUGACAAACCAGCACAGGUGUAACAUACUGAGUAACGAGGGGACACCAAUCAGUGCGCCCCACGCGCCAACGUCCAACCUCUAAAUAUAAAUGGAAAAACCAAAGCCUAUAAAUAACAUUGUCAGUCUGUUAGACAUGAUGAGUGCAGAAUGCAGCAGCAAUGUAACAGUUGACCUGUAUUACCAAUAUCUCAGGCUCAAAACAAGGUAUGACUUCAUGUCUGGGAGAGAGAAUUCAGAGGUUGUUCUCAUUACUGUCCCCCAUGAUGAAAUCUAUCUUUCUCUGUCUGAUAGCACGUUUGUAUGUUUGUCACACGCAAUAUCUCAGACUGGAGGGCCUGUUUUUGAAGAAACUUGGUUGUAUGAUGUAUCUUGCUGUAGAGAUCUGGCAUUUUCUAAAUGACACAGAUUGGCCAGGUGGAGGCACUAUAACAAGCAAUUGAAAAUGCACAUUUUGAAAGGUCACGCCCCUCACCCAGUUUGUCCAAUAGUCAUGAAAUUCAGGACAUCAGUCCUCCUCUUCACAAGGAACACAUUUGCAGCAGGGAUCCAUAAGGUCCACCACGAUGGAUAUUCUGCCAUUUAGAAUGAGGUGAAAAACACUUCAAACGCUUCUCCUCUGGUACUGAAUGACCGAUCAGCAAGAAACUUGAUAUGCGGCACAUGUGGACAAACGUCUCUCAACGCAAUAUAUUCCAGACUAGUACCUAAACAACAUGGCCGUAAUGGCCAAUAAACUUUCAUGUGGUCCGAAACACAAAUCAGUCACAGAUAUUUGUAUUGUAACAAAUUUGGUACACAUGUUGAAAACACUGUCAACAAGACCCAACAUAUGCAAGAACAUUCAUAUUGACCACGAGGUGGCACUAUAACUGGCACAUGUUUUGUUAAUAUCAGCAUAGUCUCGUUGGAAUUUGCCGGGGGAAGGGGGGUAUCAUUGAGGGGGACGAAAUGUUUAAUGCUGCAUUGUUUUAAUUCUGAUAAUAUCAGCACUAUAUGUUUGUUUUACUUAGAUAUAUACAAUGCAUAUACUCUGUUGAUCCUCAAUAGCUUUAAUGGACACUGAGUAACAUUCAGGAUGUCUGGAUAAAUACAUUCAGUUGAAUAGUGA